AUGAAACUUGACAAGAGUGACUCCCAGAUAUCGUCUAAAGAAAUCUGGGAGAGCGCCAUUAACACAUUACUCACUGCCCUCGAAAAUAUUUUGUUGGAUGAAAACGGCAUGCCGAUUAAGCAAGGUAGCACGGAAGAACCUUACGAACAGAAGGCAACAGGGCAAGCUUCCGCAGACACAAUGAUGGAGGAAUUUGAGAGUUCCUUCGGCAGUUUGUCCCCUCUCAAACGAAAACGUGAAAACGGCGACCAACGUAAAAACAAGUCACAGAAACUAUUGUCUUCGAAAUUGGCCAGAAACCUUUCCUUAUCCGAAGAUGAAUCGAACGAAGAAAGCAUCCCUCCAAAGACAGAUGCACACAUGGACUUCUGCAAUAUCAACUCCAAUUCAUCUAAUUCAUCCCGCCCAUUUCAGCGCAAUGUCAAAAAAUGUUCCCGUCAGCUAUUUGGUGGAAGGUGUGAUAAACCGACCGUCCCUCUAAACAACAACACUCUUGAUAUGGACAUGGCUCUUGAACACCAUACAGUGGGCGGUGAUACCAGCAAAGUUCAUGAACCCGAAAGAAUUCAAAUGUUGCGUCGCAUAAUGUCUGACUUCAGUGAUUCUUAUCACAGUUGGAGUGUUGCAAUGUCAGAUUGGAUUGAAUUACAGGCACAGAAAAGAAACAUGAGCUUGCAGGAAUUUCAAGUUCAAUUUCAAGAACGAACUCGUGAUGCAGAAUCAUUCUUCACGAUUCUUCAUGGUUCCAUACCUCAUGUUUACGAUGAGAUUCGAGUAUCGGUUGACAGAUUCCUGUUAAAUGCGAAUUGGCUGAGAUGCGAUUACUCCAAGCCCUUCAUACAAAACUUUCCUCAGUGGCAACCUUUUUGGGGGAAAAAAUUGGAAAACAUUGUACAAUACGUGGAAAUCGUUGAAGACAUGAAAGCAACAGUUAAUUAUCAAUACCCGCAAAGUGAAGAUUCCAAUCUGGAUAUGAAAAAAAUUCGAGAAUUCUUAGAAUUCAAAAAAUCUUUAUACGGGGAAAUACUGCAGCAGGAUGGUCUCACCCUCGCAACUGCUUACACCGAGUGGGAAUUGUCGCAAAUCAAAAGGGUGGAAAGCAAAAUUCGAGGAGUUGAAGUUAGAAUGAUGCACAUUUGUGAUAAUAUCAACCAUGUAUUGCAUUAUCUGCAUAUUAUACAAGCAGCGGAAGGACAAGAUGCCUCUUUUACGAGGGAAAACGAUCAUAACGUUUCUCCUGCCGAAUGUCAACAAAACCUUAAAAUCCUGGAAAAAUUCUCCACUGCAUUAGUAGAAACUGGUCUGAGGUUAUGUGAACAUAUCAUCAAACCAAAGACCAGUGCUGUGACGGGUCCCUCGAAUUUUGUAUACAUGUAUUCCGAAUUCCUUGUCAGAUUUGUCAGCCGGGCACUUGAAUUUACUGGUUUAGCAGAAGCAGCGGAAACUAGGAUGCGUCCCCUACUUGCGAGUUUGAAAAACAUGGAAAAUGCGGCAAAAUUUGGAUAA